AUGUAUAACACAAAGAGUGAACAUAAUCCGAUAACCUUGAAACAAAGGUCGAGCAAACAUUUAUCAACAGAAGAAUCAACACAAGACUUACUGCUUGAUAUUCCCAAAUAUGAGCUAUGGAAUGGUGAUAGUAGUAAUAUGGAAGUAAAUAGUCCGAUACAUACUUCGAAAAUAAUUGAUGAAAGAAAGCAAGAAAACGAGAAAUCGAAAAGAAGCAAAAAUGAAUUUAAUUCUGAGAAGUCUUUUUCAUCCUUUCAGAAGCUUAAAAGUAUACGUGCAAAACAUUCAACUGAUAACCUCCAUGACUCGAAUACUAAUUUUUCUUCGAAUCUAAACGAUUUUGAUGUGAAAGAAACUACAGAAGAAAUGAAAGAAUAUUAUUCAGUGUUAUCGUCGCUAUUAGAUUUAUUAAAGGAUAAACCGUUUUUUAAUGAUUCCGAACCACUAGAAUCAGGUGUAGUAGUUGAUGAACAUCCUACGGUAGGGAUAUUAGAAGAUCAUGAAUCAAAUUGUAAUGACAAUGAACGAUUUACAGAAUGUUCACGAUGUGAAAUGACCUGUGCUGGAAAUGAUAGUAUUCCUUGCUCAUUUGAAUGCGGUCCACCAAAAUGUGAAUGUCCAGCAUCACAAGGUUUUGUACGUAAGAAAGAUGGACAGUGUGUUCCUAUUAAUCAGUGCGACAUCGAGCUGCAGUGUCCUGAUAACGAAGAAUGGACUUCGUGUGGUGGAUGUGAACCAAACUGCUGGGAAGAACAGAAGAUUUGCGGAGAAUACUGCGAGGAAGGACGAUGUCAAUGUAAAACUGGAAUGGUACGGAAUCAUCAUGGAAAAUGUGUACGUUAUGCAGAAUGCAUUUCACAGUGA